AUGGUCGUUGAGGAUCAAGAUAGCGAAGUCAGCCAAUUAACCUUCAGUUUUGGAGAGCUUGAAUUGCGCGAUUCGAAUACAGGUCCAAAGGAAACCCAAAAUGAGAAGCAGUAUCACCAAAAUCAAAUACAGGGUCCGUUUGUCCCUAAUCCGCUCCAAGGAUUGGUUCCACAAGAAAUUUGUUCACUGGCGUUGCAAGAGAAGGAGAAUAUGCAAGAGACGUCGCAGAGUAGUGGUGAUCUGAGAUCGGCGUCCGUUAUCGAUGACAGUGUCACAGAGGCACGUAGCGCUAGUGAGACUGUUUUUGCUAAGUUAAAGAACGAAAACUAUCAUUUAAGGCUCGAGCUCACGCAGAAGGCCCAGGAGGUCGAAGGCCUUCAGCAGAAAUUGCAACAUUUCACAGAGGACCCGAAAAGUAAAUCGCUUGCCAUGCCGCCGAAACUCGGGCCCUAUCGCGUCUCGAGAGCUGCUCAUCCGAAUUUGUCCCCAACACGGCUCUCGAUCGAGAAUGCUUCAGACGUCGACAUUGCUACCCAUUUUUCAGAGUCUCCCUACAAGAGCCGAUCAUCCUCGCGUCAGAAACCCAUCUCUACCACUAGCUCAGAAUUUGCCCAAGUGCAUAGCAGACAAAAGCUUCUCCUAUACUCCAUAGUACCUUACGUUGAAAGAACAAUCGAUGCGUUCCAAUGUAGUGAAGUUUUUGGAGACGAUGCAAAGGAUUCCAGGGAAAAGUUUCAAGCCUUUAUGAGUGUGGACAUAUCUUGGGAACAAAAAAUCAAACUCAUGGCGGAAGUUCUCGAUGAUUUGAUAUACUUACAAAGACAAUGCAUUGCUUUACUUAAUCGCGAGCUGCAAGUUAAAAAAGUGUCAUCCCAGCUCGAAUUUCUUUUCACGGUUUUCCUGGACCCUGAUGAGUACGGGAUCAUGAAACAGGAACAUGUCAGCAAGCUCAAAAAGGAAAUGAUGGAUAUACUAGUCAACUUAUUUGACUACGACGUUGACAACAGCAAAUCCCACACAACAGAAGCUUCUUCCAAUGAAUUGCUUCAAAAGCUCAAAAAACGUGACAAAACAGAUCCUCUUUACAAAGUCAAAAAGACUCAAAAGAUCCAAACAGGUCUUGAUAUCUGUACCGAUGCUUUGCAAAAGUAUUCUGCGCUUCAAUUUCAAAAUCUCAAGAAACAAAGCAGGCAGUCAGAGAACACCUCCCCCAUUGUACUUGAGCCCAAUGACUCGAGGAGAAGGAAAAAAUCUUUGGAGUUUAUUCCAAUAGGUUAUGACGAGGCAAUGCUUGCUGAUACUCCACCAAAAAACGUUUCAAAGAGACAAUUGCAGCUGAAAAGCAAAUCCUCGCAUGCGUCGAUGCUGCACAGGCUUAAACAAGAAGGCCAGGUUGAGAAUGAUCCUUUACAAUUGUUUUUCUCGGAAUUUUUGGAUGACGCCGCAAGUUGUAUGAACGUGGAUAAAGCCAAGUCCACGGUGCCUAGUUACACCAAUAUUUAG